GGCAUGCAAUCCCUUCACGUAAAUACUUUACAAAAUCUAACGCUAACAUGAAACCACCUCUCCAUUCAGUAAGAACAUUGAUCAAUGACUAAUGCACAAAGCGGCAGACAGGACCUAACUACUGGGCAUCCAUUUUACAUAUAAACCACCUUCCACCAACCAAACCCCUCUAUUAGAUUCCAGCCUGUUACUCUUUCCUGACUAUCUAUUGUUCUAUAUUUAAACCACCCGAACCCCUCCAUUAGAUCCCAGCUUGGAGAUUUAUGAAUAACCGACCUCCUGCUAAUUCCCGGUACCAGCCCACAGCCUAUGAACAUGCUGCAAACUGUUACACACAUGCAUUCCUCAUUUUUCCAGCAAUUGUUGGGAGCACGCUACUUCAUCGACUGUCAGAUGACCGAUGGAAGAAGAUCACAGCCUGGAUGUAUGGUGUGGGUCUGUGUGCAUUAUUCAUCGUUUCCACCGUCUUCCACAUAAUUUCAUGGAAGAAGAGUCACUUGAGAACAAUGGAGCAAUGCUUCCACAUGUGCGAUCGAAUUGUCAUCUACUUCUUCAUUGCAUCUUCUUACGCACCAUGGUUAAAUCUCCGGGAGCUUGGGCCUUUGGCAUCUCACAUGCGUUGGUUCAUUUGGAUCAUGGCAGCUGCUGGUACCAUCUACGUCUAUUUAUAUCAUGAACAGUAUAAGAUUAUUGAGCUGCUAUUUUACUUGACAAUGGGAUUUUCUCCCGCUGUGGUGGUUGCAUCUAUGCCAAACACUGACGGGAUCCACGAGCUGGUGUGGGGUGGUAUGCUGUACUGCCUGGGAGUGGUGUUCUUCAAAAGUGAUGGGAUCAUUCCUUUUGCCCAUGCCAUCUGGCACAUCUUUGUGGCUUUGGCUGCAGCGGUACACUACUAUGCCAUCUGGAAAUACUUAUACCGGAGCUCUGCAACACCCGUGUGGAAGGACUUCUAACCUCCAGGCCAGCACCAUUGGUGCCAUCAGUUACAGUGUUAAUCAAUUUAUUUGAACAAUAUAUUAACACAUGGGAAUGGACUGGAAAAGACUGUGAGACACUGACUUUGGCCUAUGUUCAGACGACCCCCAACUGUGAUUGAACAUAGUCGCAUCCUCUAGAGACUGAUAUGAAAUUCUAACAGAUCCUCAGGAUGGUUCCUUUCCAUUUGCGUGUUUGAUUUUGCCCUGAGUUCGCUGUUUUUUAACCUGUUCUCUUUCCUUUUGGCCCGCCCACCCACCCUAAACUUCUUGAUUUUCUCUCAUGAAAUUUCAAGGACUUCGAUUUGACUUGAUAACGUUGCAGUGAUUUCCAGAUCUUGACUGUACUCUGGUUUUUGUGAUUGAAGUGCAAGGAUGAAUGGAGCCAGCUUAGGAACAGAUCUGCAGCUUACCUUUUAUAAAGUGAUUCAUGGCCUCAUAGGAUUAUACAGUUUAACAUGAGCACCCACAGCAGUCUGAACUGAUACAUUCCAAUUGGGUGACGUUUUGUACCUCGGCUUUAGUUGCCAAAUUUUAGACUUUCUCAGUGAUUCUGGGUGGUGCUUUGGGUGGGCUGGUAGUUUCCCUUCACAUUUGUCGGUAAGGAAUUUAAUUAACGAUUACUGUAUUUCUACAUAGCAUUGCUUCAAGUGUGCUGUUGUCAGGUGACCAGCUAAUGAACAGACGUGUUUCAAGAACCUGUCAUACAUACUCUAUCACCUUGCAGAGAGUGCAUGAAAAUAUCCCAACAGUAUUGUAAGUUGGUUUCUGUCUAUUCCAGCAAUGGAACGAUGGUGAGGAAUGCAACAAAAGCACUUUAUUUUGGUUUGGUCAUUGCUACACAGCAAACUGCACCUCGCGUGCAGAGAAAUCCUUAGGUAUGUCCAAAUCAUUACUGAUGAGGUAGUCGGUUACCUGAAGCGAUGAUUAGAGAGAUUCUGAUUCCCUGAUUUUUACGAGAAGUAAUUGUUCUUGUUCUGCUCUAUUGAGCAUGCUGCAGUUCUCAGCUUUGUAUUCUGCAUUCUCCUCUUACGCUAAAUUGGCCAGUCCAGGAGCUGUUGUAGCUCCUCUACUCCGUGACUACUCCCACCAUCUUAAGACUGUGAUUUAAGCUUAAUCAAUAAAUGGUUUACAUUUUGUCAAGUCUUUGCCCAACCAUGUACAAAUAUUUUUUUGUAUGCAGCCAAUGCAUUCUUAGAAAAUGGCCCUACUCAGUUUAACAACUUCCUUCCACACCCUACCCCUUCCAAAAUAUGUUCACAAUAAAGAACAUGAGGUUUCCAGCCUGGAUUACAGUUCCCACCAUGUGGAAAGGGCAGAAGACCAAUUCAAAUCUACCUAUAACAGAAAGCUGCUGGAAAAGGGGAGCCAGAGACUAGACGUCAUUCACUCAGGCUGGGGAAACUCUAUUAGAGUUCCACACAGACAUGAAUUGUCGUCCGUGAAGAUAAACGGUUAACUUGGUGCUACCCACCAGUGAGAGUGAACCUAAUUCAGUGUUUCUGUUACAAUACUCCAUAGAUGAGUAAAAUACCUCAAUGGCCAUGUUUAGAUUUCAAAGGUGCUUUUAUGUCAGUCUAAACAGAAAUCCAGGUGGCAUUUUUAGUAAUUCAUUAAGUAAUAAACUUAAGCUCAGAUCCACUCUGACUCAGAGGUGGCAGUGUGUCAGGUUGGGGAGAGCUAUUGUCUGUAAGGCCACGUGCCAGAGUUUACACCAGUUUCCAGAGUAGUUCAACAUUAGGUGAUGCACAAGAUGGGAGACAUUGGCUCAAUAUCUUCAACCACGUGCUGUAAGUCCUAUAAGAGUUUGCAGCUACAAAAUAGGGCGCAAGUAAUGGUACCCACUGGGUAAAAUGUGGCUCAGCUACCAUGUAACCUCAGCGCAGAGCUGGACUGGAUUACUGGUUCAUUAUCACCAUAGCUUAUCCUGUUCUCUGUUAUCAAUUCAUCUGUGUGUGUAACACAUAUACAACAGAUUAGUUAAUUAGCGGCUUUUAUACAUAAGAGCUGAUCGAGAUGUGCACCAGCUAGAUGAGAGAAUAAUCCCCUCUUUGACCAGGCUUGCUCUGUCCAUGACUGUGUCAGGAGUCAGAUCAUCAACCCUGGAGCUUGUUCCACAUAUUUGCUUGGCCAGGGUUUACUGUGUAACUGUUUGAGAUAUAAUUCAGAUGUUCAGUUAUGCAUCUGAGGAAGGGAGGGGUUGCUAAUAACUUAUGAUGUUUGUGAGAACCGGGCUGCUGAUUUGUGUUGUAUUGACAAGGGUUGUGUUUAUUUUCUAUCAUGCUGUAAUUCUGUGGUUUGUAAUCAUUUGGGGAUUUAAAUAGGUGCAUGCCAAGUUUUGUGGCCAGGAUAUCUACAAUUUAUUUUUAUAUUCCUGAUCCAGAUGCUGUACUCCCCAAGUGUGAAAUGUUUACUAAGUUUACAAGCAAUGAAUGCUGCACCCUAGUGGUUAUCUCUAGCAUGCAAACUGACUGUGCUACCUAAAGCUUUCUUUCUAACUCCUCUGUUGAGGAUCGCUUGUAAAUCACUUUUAUACAUGCGCAGGUUCCAGACUCUGUGCGCACUUGAACUUUCACACUUUGUCAAGAACUUUGUUGUUGUCACUAGUUUGAAUGCUACAGGGUCUGUGGAGUCAGUAUUGGGCACUCAGCACAACACAUACCGGAAUGAAAAGAGAAAACUGUUCCCAGUCAUUCCAAAUGGAGGAUUUCAGGAUAAUACUUGAUUUUCCUCUUGGUUCUGGAUUACUGGCUGAUCUGCUUUCCCAUUUCCUUCAAUAGAUUAGGACAUUAUUUAACCCUGGAGUUAGGGAAAGUAUGUGACUUGGAUAAUGGGUCUUAUCUGAGUUUAAAUGUACUGUAUUAAGAGUAGAGGUUAUAAUUUGUGUGUAUUUAACAUACACAGGAUACACAGGGCACACCAAGAGCUCCAGAUAUUUGAGAUAAGCAGCUGAUUCAGCCAAGUGUUCCUGUUGAAUGGUGCCUGGCAUUUUUCAAUGCCCUCACAGCUGCUUUUCCUUUUUAUUCCCUGCCAUCCCACCUGUUGAGUGCCUGCCCAAUCUUGCAAAGUUCAAGAGGAACUUGCAGUUUUAGGCCAGCUACAAUGCAGAGAAUAAAAUUGCUGCUUUUCUUCUGGAGGAGCCUGUGAUGGAGCAGGUGAGACGGGGCAACUAGCAUACUGAAGUUAGCCAGUUGCAAUAGCCCUCAAUCUUGGCCACAUCAGAGGAGACAGAAAUUAAUUUCUCUGCUCUGACCAGACUAUCUAGCCAUCACUGUACCUGAGAUUUUCCUGGGAUAGACUGCACUACUGCCUCUUAAGGCAAUAUGGCCUAGUCCUGAGACCUGGAAAAUUCUGACCCGAAAUUACCUGCUGGAUCAGCACUCUGCUCCUAACGUUUUUACUAAACUGUUAUAAAUCUGACCACUGAUGGGCUCAGGUCCAUGAAGUGUGUACCCUCAUGGCUUCUCUGUCCAUUAUACUGCUGAGAGUUUAUAAAUUGUUUCUGCUUUGAAGCCCAGUCUCUUUUUGAAAUAUUUCAUCCAUCUAAAUGGAUUCCAAAAAAUCUUUUUAAAUAAAUUCAAAUGUUAGAGUCUGCAUUGAUGUGACUCACAUUGAUGUAUUGAGCCUUUUGCUGGGAGUGUAUGUUUUCAACAUGACUGUACUAUGUAUCUGAAUGAACCAGACUGCAGCUAAAUAAAGGAUGCAUUUUGUGUA